AUGUCCUCAUCUCUCCUCUCCAGACUCGCCACGUCAGCAGCGACAUCGGUCACACGGUGCGCGUCGUCGCUUCCCCGCACCCUCCUCGUCCCCGCCUCCUCCAUGGCUCGCCCCUGCCCACCCCUCGCGUGUCAACGCACCACUGCGCCCACCGCGCUGCCGCCAUGCAUCCCCGCCCGCUCACACGCGCACCCCGCUCUCCGCGCAAUGGCGCCGUCAACCGCCGCUGCCUCGCCCGCCCGCUUUUCCCCGGCGCGUGCCGGCGCCCUGCGCAGCGAGCGUACAUCCCUGGCUGCAGCAGCCCCCUUGUCGGCGCCAUCCGCCUCCCGCGCUGCGAUCCGCUCGCUCCUUUCCCCCACACCGCCCACCUCACACCGCACACUCGCGCACCAGCACGGCGCCCCGCGGAACGGCAGCGGGCGUGGUGCAGCGCGCGUGACGGCCGAAGCCUUCGACUUCGCGGACGGGCCGCUCAGCCGCGCGCGCCCGCGCGGUGACGGCGACGGUGACGAGGACUGUGGGGAGGACGGGAAAGGCAGCGAGGCGAGAAGCGAUAUUGUAUUCGUGGGCACGGGGACGAGUGAGGGCAUUCCACGUGUCAGCUGCUUGACUAACCCCGACAAGAUAUGCCCUGUGUGUGAGGCAGCCACACAGCCGGGCAACCGCAACAGGCGGCGCAACACAUCGCUGCUCAUCAGGCACCGCACGCACGGAGGGGCGGACGGGCCCGUGACUCGCAACAUCCUCAUUGACGCUGGCAAGUUCUUCUACCACAGCGCGCUGCAGUGGUUCCCCUACCACAAGUCAGUGCUCCCUCUCCCACCUGCAUGUGUCCUGCCCCCCCCCCCCUCUGUCUUGCAUGCCCUCUCGCUCCCGUGCUUGCCAUUGUCUCUCCCUCUUUGCAGCACACUCCAUUGCAUGGUGUUGUACCCGUCUCGCCUCACCCGCUCGUUACCCCUCCAUGACCCCGCCCAUUCUUCUGCCCCAUAUUCCCGUUCUUGUCGCUAA